AUGGAGGUUUUGUUCCGUAACAUAAUCAGGGUCAAGGCAGUUUCAGGAGGCCGAAUAACAAUGCCAAUCAAGAAAGAAGAAAAGAAAAUGGAUGAGAUUGGUAGAGUACAGCAGCCAGGGAGAGUGUUCAUUACUUCAGCAGUAGGUGCCGAGGGAUCCGAGACCUUGAUCAGAGGUAACAAUAAAGUAGCUGGUAAAAGUUUAAGUGCUUUGUUUGAUUCUAGGACAACGCAUUCAUUUAUAGCAUUUGAAAGGGCUAGUGAGUUAGGUUUGAAGAUUAUGGUCUUAGGUUAUGAUUUAAAGGUGCAUAAUGUCACUUCUGAAGUCGUUGUGACUAGGUUAGGAUGCCCACAAGUUUUGUUUUGGGUUCAACAGCAUGAUUUCGUACCUGAUUUGAUUUGUUUACCUAUGACCGGUCUAGAUCUCAUUUUGGGAUUGGAUUGGUUAUCUAAGAAUCAUGUUUUGCUUAACUGUUCUGAGAAAUCAGUAUACUUUGUGCCGGAAGGAUCGGAAGGGCCGAUUGUGGUGAAUAGGUACUAUUUGAACUCUAUGACAGUAAACUAUUUUGGAUGUGAAUGCCAAGGUGUUAUGCUAUUAACGACGAGUGUUUCGAGAGAUGAACAAAGCUUAGAGCAGAUUCCGGUUGUUUGUAAAUUUCCUAAGGUGUUUCUGGAUGACAUUGAUGAAUUUCCACCUAAUCGAGAGGUCGAGUUUGUAAUUGAGUUGGUGCCUGGAGCAAGUCCAAUCUUGAGUGCUCCUUAUAGGAUGUCACCUGUGGAGAUGGCCGAGCUUAAGGCUUAG